GCUGUCUGUCUGUCUGUGUGUGUAUCUGUCUGUCCUCCGGUGAUGACGGUGGCACCGGUAACUGCGGCUGAGGGCGGGAAGGGCGCACACUCAGCCUGAGUGCCUCGUAUUUAUCUGUUUUAGUUUUUAUCCAGAAAUAAGAAGUUGCCUCUGCGAGAGUGAGCGGUUUUAAGGUGAAGAUGCUGACAGACAUGAUUGUAGAGGAGGAAUUUGAGAUCAAGGAGGAGGAACCGUGGUACGACAAGCAAGACCUUGAACAUGACCUGCAGCUGGCCGCCGAGCUGGGGAAGACGCUGCUGGAGAGGAACAGGGAGCUGGAGCAGGGCCUGCAGCAGAUGUACACCACCAACCAGGAGCAGCUGCAGGAGAUCGAGUACCUGACGAAGCAGGUGGACCUCCUCCGACAGGUCAACGACCAGCAUGCUAAAGUGUACGAGCAGCUGGACGUGGCCUCCCGCGAGCUGGAGCAGAGUAACCAAAAACUGGUCCAGGACAACAAGAAGGCCAAGCAGAAGAUAAUGGGGCUGACGGAAACGGUGGACCUGCUGCAGACGCAGGUGGAGGAGCUGCAGCAUCAGGUGGAGGAGCUGAAGCUGAGCCCGUGUCACCCACAGAAGCCUCCACCCAGAGAGAAGUGGUCUCCUCGCAGCAGCCAGAGCGUGUCCUGCCUGCAGGAGCUGCAGAACUCCCUCAGGAAUGACUGUGAUCCCAGCAAACGCUCAGACGACCUGGAGUGCUCGGCGGCGUCCUGGCGGGAGGAGGAACACGCGUCGCUGCAGCAAUCCCUCCGGGUCCUCCAGGCUCAGCUCGCUACGGAGCGCGCUCGGAGGGAGGCGGCGGAGCGAGAGGCCGAGCUCCUGGCCAGGGAGAACUCAGCGCUGGAGCAACAGCUGGCGGCGCUGGAGGGGUGCCGGGCCCGACUGUCGGAGCUGGAACACGAGGCCGAGGAGCUCCGGCAGCUCUGGAAGUCGGAGUCCUCCUCCAGAUCCAGCAGGCCAGACUUCCUCCACGGGCUCUUCCUGAACCCGGAGGAGGAGGGGGGCGCGGCCGAGCCGGCGGCGGCUAAAGCCCCGGCCGUGCUGAAGCGCUGGGCCAGCGAGCGGCUGAUGAAGGCCACGCAGGCGCCCGGCUCCCCCGACAGGAUCCCCGACCACGAGUGCUCGUGCGUGCGGCGGGCAGAGGUGGUGAAGUACCGCGGGAUCUCCCUGCUCAACGAGGUGGACGCCCAGUACAGUGCCUUGCAGGUGAAGUACGACGAGCUGCUGCGGCGCUGCCAGCUGGGGAGGGCGGAGGAGGACGAGGAGGAGGACACGCAGAGCCACAAGUCGGUGCAGACGGCAGACACCGCAGACCUGGACGACGACUUCCACCAGCCAGAGUACAAGGAACUUUUCAAACAAAUCUUCUCCCGCAUUAAGAAAACCAAAGAAGACCUGCUUGAAAACCGGGAGAGAACCUCUACGGUGCUUUAGUUUCAUUCCUGAGUACAACGAUGCCGUCUUCCAGUUACGCAACGACACUCAAGAAAGACUCCUCUCUGGCCAGAAAAGUCCAGAAGGCGGUGACAUUUAAAACACCAGCUCCUCGUGUGGCAGAUGUGCCUCAUUUUGCACAAAAACACCGGUGCUAAACACGGCCGCCUCACUCCUGUGAAAGGAUUCGUUUGUCUUUAUUUUAUGGGUUCCAUAAUUGCAUUAACCUAAACUCUCAGAAGUUCCUGGCUAAGAUAACAUGAAGUUAUGAUUGUAAAAACUGUGGAGGCAGAGCAAGACGGACACGUAAAGUUCCCAGAACCUUACCAGGGCGUCUAACGGUCCAUCUCACCAUCCAAAGCUCCAAUUUGAAAGUUACUGCCAGAGAAAACUAUAAAACUAGGUGAUACCUUCAUUUAAGAAGCCAGGGCUUUUCAAAGUCUCUGAGUCUCAUCAGCAUCUUCUUGGUUGAAUUAAUCUGGAGUUGAGAAGCUCCAAUUUCUUUCUCUUUUAGCUUUAUGUCUGGUCUCCAGCAGCCUCCGGGGAGAUACCUGCCCCCUUUCCUGCUAGAUUAAGCUGCGACAUGCCUUCUGACCGAGCAGCGGAGGGUGCAGGGAAACAAAGCAAUAAAAUUGCAGCCCAGGCAGCUUAAAACACGAGGAGAGGGACCGAUAUUUGUUUGCUCGUUCUGAAACAAGUGAAGCUGCUUUUGUCUUCUGUUUACUUUAAUUGUCACUUUUUCCAGGAAACUUUCUAGAAAAUGAUAAGUGCAACCCUUAAAAUAGACCUUUGCUGUAUACCUGCUGUUUUUGUAUAAUUAAUAUAUACUUUUCUUUACAAUUAUCAUGAAAAAUAACAGAAAAAAAGAACUUGUUUAUAGUUUUGCCUGUGCGGCCAGCCCGUGCACGGCUGGCCAGAUAUUUAAUAUGCAAUAUGAUGUUCAGAAGGUGCUGGGAUAUGUUCGGGUUUCCGUAGAUGCAACAUAUCCUUCUCUGAAAUUACACGUGAUUGUUGUAUGUUAGAUUAGCAGGCUGUGAAUGAAUGUCAUAGUAGAGGGAAGUUUAAUGAAACAUAACUGUUUACCUGCUGAUGUAACCUGUAAAAGCCUGAUGAAGGAAUGUUUGAAGCUGCGUUCACCUGCAGUCUUCUUGCUUUUGCUGCCUGUUUUGUGUGUGUCCAUAAGCUUGACCGCUGCGCGCAUAGGAUGUGUUUUCACUUGUGAUGUUUACUGCUCUGAGCCAUAAAACCUGAAGCAAGCCGACAGACGCUCGUGUCUUUUUUGUUCAGAGUUGGUCUGCAGCGAAAUCAAAAUGUAAAACUGUAAAGUUCUCAAUCACGUUUGCUGCUGGGAUUAAAUCUCCUACAGACCCUCAAUUGAACUGUACACAAUGUAACCCUGCCAAUAAAUAAAUAAAAUGGUUAUUAAUACUGAGA